CAUUUUGAAAGUAUACAUACUUUAACUUUUUUAGACACCGUUAAGCAGCAAAGCAAGCGUAGCAAUAUUGUCAAUUAUGCUUUGAUCAAUUCAAUGAAUAAUCGAACAAUUAAGAUGGAGCUUCUUCCUACUUUAGCACCUGUUUACGGAGGUGGUCUUAUAGUCGCAUUUCUACCUGAAGAUUAUGUUUUACCUGAGAAUAUUCGUGCAUUUGCCAUCUUUAAGGGCAGCAAGCAACGACAGCUAACUGAAGCUAGGGUCUCUGUUGAAGACAAUGCUUUCCAUGCAGUUAUACCAGAUCAUGAGCCACCAGAAGAAGUAGAAGUAUCUGUGUAUAUUCAACUACCCUCUGGUGAAGGGGAUACCAUUGCAAGCGAGCGAUUUACUUAUUACCUUGAUCAAACCUGUUAUCUUGCUCGCUACUUGGCUGCCAGUGUGCAUAAACUGGAAAGCUUAGAAGAUUGGGAUUACAUACAAGGACCCAACUUUUCAUUGGAACAAGAGGAUUUUUCUACCUUAGAUGAAAGGCUUACCAGUGCCUUCCAACAUCUAAUUCUACCCUUGGAUUGGAACCUGCUUGGUGACCACGAUGAACUGAUUCCGCGUGAAACCCUUUUUCAUUUCGCCGCUCGUCUUGGUUUAUCCACCUUCGUUACUCUUCUUCUGGAAAAAAACGGAGCACAGGAGUGUUUGGCGUUGAGGAAUAGACACAACGAACUUGCAGAAUCGAUUGCUAGGGAGCGAGGAUUUGAGGGACUUGCUGAUCUUAUAACAGAUCCGCACGCACAUGGUGUAAUUCGGUGGGAAAGCAAAGAACAAAUAGGACCAACCACAGUGCUAAAACAACAUAGUUUUGGAACCAUAUCUACUUCUUCACAUCCUUAUCUGGAUACCUGGCCCCCUAUAGAAAAGGAAAUUGAGGCUCUUACUGCAACCUCUCUCCCGCCGUCGAGCAGUCUUCCAUUACGAUACAAUAUGAAUUCAACUUGGGAUGAGGCAUUAGAAGAAAGUCCGUCCUCUCGUACACAGUCCAUGUUUCAUAGCGAGAGCUACGAUUCUGAGUUCGCUUCGCCAGAUUCUUUGUUCCCACCUAGCUUUGAACCGGAUUAUCGGCAAAAAUUAAAGGAUACGCACAGAACAAGGGAGUUAGAGAGCACCAGUAGUAAUGAGGUUCUUGCUGGAAACUUAAAACACUUGCAGGAGAUCAGUGAAGAAAUUCAAUACUUGCGUCAUAAAGAUAUUGAACGACUGAGACAUGCAGGACCAAACGAUGUAGCACGACUAAGCAACUCGUGUCCUGAUUUAGCACAAGAGCACUCAGCACUUGUAGGAGAUGAAACAUUGGAUGACGUCUACGCUCCUCCCACCCCAGUGAUGCCAAGAAAUCGACGAGCUCUACCUCCUGGUAUAGCUGAGGAAUUCCUGGAACCCCAGGAUGUAGAAGCAACAGAAGAUCUCCCGUCACCCUCAGGUCUCCACAGAAGACAUAGUUGGCAUUCAUCGGAAAGUCUUCCGGAUCAGGAUGUGACGUCACCAGGGCUCCAAAGAAGAUUCAGUUUUCAGCACGACUCUAACGAAGAACUAAGCAAGGCCGAAGAAACAGAACCCCCAACGUCCAUGGUGUCGCCCACCGUAGUACGACGAGCAGAGAAGAAUAAUAUGACGAUGUUUUCCGUCGUCGCUCCUUCAGUAACAGUCACUCAAGCUCAACCGUUACAAAGUGAUACUUCAUUAAAAGUGCCGAUCAAACAACGACCAAAAAGCAUCUCCGAAAACAACAGCAAUAACGUUGAUGGACUUGGGGAUAUGGGGAAGCCACCAGAUCGUCGUUUCACCAUCGCUGAAGGCAUCAUUACCGACGAACACCGGAGUUCAAUGCUAGCACUGAAGGAGGUGCUUCGGAAACACGAUGAGCCGGACGACCCGGAACCGAUAAACUCACAACGGUUCGACCUCCCGAAUCCACAACUCACCUUAGCUGAGUUUCUGUCUGCCCCUGCUCCCUUCUCGGAUAAAGGAAACUCCCAGCACCCACCCCCUGUUCCCCCUAAACCCGCAAGCAAGAAGCUUCUCACUCGGAAAAUGAGUUUUCUAGAAAAAAUGCGCAACAGCACAAAGAACAAACCGAAGGUCAAAGUGAAGCAACUAGCGGAAUUGAAAUUCGGGAUAAGCAGCAGACAAUUAGAUGAGGAAGAAACAUACGAGUCAACCGAUGCAAUAAAAGAGAACAACACUUCCAAGAACAAGUCGAAUAAGCGUCCGUCGAUCAUACAACGGCCCCAGAGUAUGAUGUUAAACAGGCCAUCACAAUACUCAGUUGGGAACCCACCGACAGCAAACUAUGCCCAACAACCAGGCCGGAGUCGACCUAUUUCGACUAUUGGAGGACCUCACUCACGCAGAAACACAGGUUCAAACUCGUCCGAUCUUACCGUACCAAAGGACCGCAGUGGUAGCAACAGAUCGAGUUACUACGAUGACGACGAAGGCAGCCGGACGCCUCCCAAUGUAUCAUACAUGAACAACAUGAAAGACGUUAUUUCUGCCUCUUUUGAAUCCCUUGACGAAGCUGCAUUGGACAUUGCUGAACUCGAAAAGGAUCCGGAUCUAGCCCUUAAAACGGCUGAGCCCGAGGCAUGGAGUGUAAAGGCGGACAGGAAAACCUUGAAAAAGAUGUCAAAGAAAGAUGUGAAACGACAAGAUAAUAUAUUCGAGUUCAUUCAGACGGAGAGGAAUUACCUCACGACUUUAAAGAUAAUGCAAAAGAUAUUCGCCAGGGGUUUGGUCAAAGAAGCACACAUCGACCCAGAAGUUGUGGAAAAAUUGUUUCCCUCAAUUGACGAGCAUGUAGAUUACGUGGCGAACUUCGUAGCGAAAUUGAGCGACCGUCAAGUCGAGGGAAAGGUUGUGGACGGUAUAGGCGAUAUAUGCGUGGCCCAAUGGUCGGGCACGAGCGGUAACAAUAUGAAACGAGUGUUCGGUGAUUUCUGUUGCAAGCAAAACGAGAUUGUGGCAACUCAUAAGGAACUUUAUAAAACAGAUAAAAAGUUCAGCACGUUUAUCAAGAAAUGUGAUAAGAACCCACUGACACGUAGACAGGGAAUUCCCGAGUGCGCGUUACUCGUCACUCAGCGUGUUACGAAGUAUCCGAUCAUGCUGCAGACGCUUUUGGAAAAUUCAAAUAAAAAAGACCACACAGAGGAUUACGCUGAGUUGGAGCGAGCGCUUGAUUUAUCACGGGAGAUCGCCAAGGAUGUAGAUGAGCAAGUACAAGCUCAUGAGCGUGAGCAACUGUUGUAUGAAAUCUAUGAAAAAACUGAUACAAAAACUACAACCGCUUUCAAAGAAGGACGCAAAUUUGCAAGAAAAGACUUGUUGAAAAGAAACCGCAAACUUUUGUACAGUUCCAACGCAGUGCAGUGGAAAAUAUCGAAUUCAAAGAAGUUUACAGAAACUUUCUUCUUAUUGUUGUCCGACUGUUUUGUUUUACUGCAAGAAAAUAAUGGAAAAUAUACAUUUCCUUCUGGACAGCCUGCAGCAGUUCCCUUAAUGAGAUUGAUUGUUCGAGAAGUAGCAAAUGAUGAGAAAGGUUUAUAUCUCAUCAGUACAGCCAACUCACAGAUGUACGAAUUAAAAGUGGAUAAAGCUGAUGAUUGUAAAACCAUCAUGCAAGUUGUGAGGUCUGCUGUGGGAAACUGCACAGAAGAGGAUGAAGGAAUCCCCUCUGAAGACGAAGAGGAGCGAAAGCUUCAGGAGCAAAAGUUGGAUAAAGCUCGUCGGAUGAUCGAUUUACUCGAGCAAAAAGAUGACGCGAUAAAUCGACUUCUUAAACAGAAGAUGGAAGUUUUCCGAUCGUUAGCUGAAUCUGUUGAACGGGGAACAGCAAUUUCACACAUGAGUUUCAACUACCCAACUUAUUUCCUUUCCACCGAAGAUGAAUCAAGCAACAACAACAAGUUAACAUUACCACCGGGUACCCCAGUUCUGCUGAAAGCUAUUGAGCAAGUAAGAAAAAUGUCGCAUGCAUUCUGCGGAUCAGGUGGUUUGUCCCGCCAACCCUCCAGUGUAGGUGAACAUGAAAGUGGAUCACGAUCACCAUCGAUCUUACCUAAACGUUCCGAUACAUUUGGUGGAUUCGAUAACGGAAAGGAACCUUCUUCUCCUAGAGGCAAAUGGAUGAACAAUUCACAAAGCGAGGGAAAACUUAUUGAGCAAAACAGUCAAACCACUAUGACAUCAGAAUCAAAACGUGAUUCUGGAUUGGUUGAUUCUGACGUCCUCGUUCGAAGAGUUGAUUCUCAGGGAAGCAUCCACAAGGAGGCAUGGGGAAUAAACGAACCAUCGGGAAGUCCCACUCCAUCUCCCACCGCAUCCACAAGUGGUGACUCUUACAUUCCUCCAACAUCGGAUCAAAUCCUCACCAUCACCAACCUCAGUCAUCUACUACAUUCAUACAUGUCUAUAUCUACACAACAGGACACACACAUGGAAAAACUACAACAGCAGUUGCUCCUCGUUCAAGAUAAAAACUCCAAGAAACGAGGAGGAAAUUUACAGGAGGUUGAAUUAAAGAGAAAUCAUAUUAAACAACAAGAACAACUUGAUGAUCUUAGAAAACAACAGCAUCAAUUAAAAAUUGAGCGUGAGCAAUGGCAUCGAACGAACGAAAGAUUCCAGAAGUCAAUGGCUGCUGAGAAACAAGAACUUGAGGCUGAAAAAGCGAAGAUACAUCAAGAAAAGUUGGAGAAUGAGAGACAGAGAGAUGAAAUUCAUCGAGCGAAGGAGGAUUAUCAACGAGAGAUGGCUCGUCUCCGUGAUCUUCAGCGAAGAUCCCAUUAUGAUAUUCAUAUUUCUUCCUCCACAUCCUCCCUACCAACAUCCACUGUCAAUCGGAACAAUAGCAAUAAUGGAGCGGAUGUCACAGAUCUUCGUCUUUCUUCCGGAGACGGGAAGACUCUUUCCUCCAGCAAGUCUCACUCAAGUCUCCACUCCUCCUCGGAUGUUGGGACGAAAGGUCCUCCCUCACCCACGUACGCUUCUGCAGCAGAUUAUCCCAGGACCUUCCCGGGAUCAAAACGAGACUCCGGGAGCGCUUCUGCACCAUCCACCUCCCAACUUCCUCUUCAUCUUCAGUAUAGCGCAACAAACCAGUUAUCAGCAUUGCAGGCCCCAAGACAUCAAGAGUUUCCUUCCAAGUUAUCCAAACUUGCUUCGAGCACGAAAGGUAAACCAAUGACUUCUGGUGAAAGCAAAUCUGGUUUAAUGCACCAGAUGAUACCAAGCAAAUUGACCAAGCUCGCCUCAGGUCAAUCGGGCCAACAUGUGUCCAGUAAGAGGCUACAUAUUGUAUAGAACAACAAACUCCAGCAAGCUCCGGACCUCUCAGACGAAGAAGUCGGAUCACGGGAGCAGCCUUCAAGUCCCUAGCAGGUCCUCCAACAAUCGCUCUCCUUCUCCAAUCUUCAAAAACUUUUUAUCGAAAGAGAAAACGAGCGCAGGGGAUUCAAAACGCAACUCACAGAGCAACUCCGAACUUUACUUAUGAUACCACGAGCUACAAUAUUGACCUUUGCGUGGUUUGAACCCCACGUAUGAUUUGAGCACUUACUUAAUUCAAUGUAAACGCAGCAUAAUGUCCCGACUUCGAUCAAUUAGAUUUCUUCUCGCUUGGAAAUCAAAAGAAUUUCUUUUUUCCUUUUUUACCAUGCCCAUCAUUUUCUUUUAGCUCAGUGUGGUUUUAAAAGAACAUCUCGCUUUUUACAAUCAUUAGCUUGGACUAUGUUUAAUGUAUCCUGAUUACAACAUUAUGCACUGCAGUUGAUUAGAAAACUUAGACGAUCCAAAUAAACAUUACCACCACCAUUAUUAUUGGGAGUAAACGAGUUCGUCGUUUUGCACGCACCGCUUACAGCUAUCUCUUGCAAUACUUUUUUAACUUAUUUUCACCGAGCUGUCGUGUUUUUGCUGUCGUCUUAUACUUCGACGUACGAGAGCUUUUUUCGCAUACUGUCCAGAAUCAUACAAUAUAAUGAUGCUAGUGAAA